AUGGUUUCGGGUGGGUCGGUGUUGUCGCUGGCAGGUGUUGGGGCCCAGCAACAGAACAGCGGAUCGCAAGAAGUCUCAUCCGGCGCUAACGCAAAUGACCCCCGAUUAGCGAAGUUCACACUCAUGGCGCACUGUGGUGACAAGAAAGAUUCUCUAUUCAGGGAAGAGAUAGAAGACAAGCAAUUAGUCUUGCGGAACGGAAAGCCGAUCAAACUUGUUCUCGUGGAAGAAGUGGGUAGCGCGAUUGAGUGGUUGAAGAAUAAUAAGCUCGAUUCCUUCGCUAAAGCGAAAAGUAUCUUGGUCCCCUUCUUGAUGCUUUACGCUUUAGGCCAGCCCUUGACUCAAAUCGUUGGUGUAGUCGGGCUUUUGCUUGCGGGUGUGCUUAGCGUACCAAUGAAGUCAGUAUUACUUCCUGUCUUCUCAGCCCCGAGCACCGGUUUGGCCAGUGCUGCGAUGAAUCUAGGCCAGACCUACCCGCUUAUCGUAGCCCAGUACGAGAUCACAGGUCAUCAUCGACGUACCGAGCACUGGAACCUUGCAGUUCUCGUGUCACCCAACUUAUCACAUACUUUCGAACUGCGCGGUAACUCAGAUACGUUCACCUAUGUGCACGAUACUGUAUCGGUCCCGAUUGGAUCCAUACCGACAUAUCGAGGAGGUUGUCACGUUGGCGAAGUACCAUCUACGUCUAUCGAUCGACUAGAUGAGCGCCUGAAGAGAGAUGUCCCUGUGAUCAGGCUCAAUCUGAACUGGGAUUGCCAGGAUUGGGUAUUGGAAGCGCUCAGAGUGUUGAAGGAGGACGGAAUCACGUUUAAAGUGGUCAGCCAGGCCUACGUGAGAAAGGAGCUGUGGGAAGACAUGGGGAGAUGGCAGGAGGGAGAUGACACGGUAGAGGAAAGGCAUUUCUCGAAUUCACAUUGA